AUGAACGGGUGGUUGAUUGUGUUGAUCGUGAUGGGGUGCCUUAGCACGCUCUACUUAGCCAUUGGCAUCGCCGUCCGCUACCACAGCGGUCUGCAUCACUGCCCAGAGGUGCUGCCCAACUAUCGCUUCUGGUGCAGCAUCGUCAACGUUUUCUUGCGCGUGGUAACAUGCGGUCGCUGUCGCGUUCCGCUUGACCGCAGCAACCGUGCAAGCGGCAUCUUUGUGCUGCCAAGUCGCCCUGGCGCCGCGGCGUCCCCACGGAGGGUGCAGUUCGAGUUAUUAGCCAGCGACGCCGAUGACGACUACGACAUCAAUCGCGCCAUGCAGCCGGCGGAGGUGGUGGUGAAGUACUGA